UGCAGCUACACACAGUCAGCAAGCAGUAUAGUGAGGUGACCCUACUAAUCCACGAGAAAGGAAGGGCCCACACAUUGACUCCGUACGGUGUGCUCUAACCGGUCGGUCGCGAAUAUCGGUUCCAUCACGCACGCUUCGCUGGUUACAUUUUUCCGAAGUGUUGCUUAUUGCCUCUUUGACCUGAUUCCAAAACGCGCUACUAACGAACCGCACAAUCGAAGUGUCAGUCCUCAGUCUAUCAUGAGCAGUGCUGAACCACAGAAUAAGAAAACGAAAAUGGUAUCAAGUUUGGACCAGCUGAAGCAACUGACCACCAUCGUGGCGGAUACGGGUGAUUUUGAGGCUAUGAAAGUGUACAAGCCGACGGAUGCAACAACAAAUCCAUCGCUCAUCCUGUCGGCAGCCGGUAUGGAGCAGUACCAACACCUGAUCGAAAAAGCCAUCAAGUAUGGGUUGAAACGGGGAUCCACCGAAGACGAACAGGUGGCCGAAGCAGCUGAUAUGCUGUUUGUGCUGUUCGGGUGUGAAAUACUGAAACUGGUACCAGGACGCGUUUCGACGGAAAUCGAUGCCCGGCUAUCGUUCGACAAGAACGCUUCGGUUGCAAAGGCCUUGAAACUGAUUCAGUUGUACGAAGAAAACGGUAUCGAUCGCAAGCGUGUGCUUAUAAAGUUGGCCUCCACUUGGGAAGGCAUACAGGCAGCCAGAGACCUGGAGAAGGAUCAUGGAAUUCAUUGCAACCUCACGCUGCUGUUUUCCUUUGCUCAAGCUGUUGCUUGUGCGGAAGCUGGCGUUACAUUGAUUUCACCGUUCGUCGGAAGAAUUUUGGAUUGGUACGUUUCUAAUACCGAUAAAAAAGCAUUCGAGCCAGAACAGGACCCGGGAGUGGUUUCGGUUACCAAAAUUUACAAUUAUUACAAAAAGUUUGGCUACAAAACCGUAGUUAUGGGAGCAUCUUUCCGCAAUACGGGAGAAAUUCGUGCCUUAGCUGGAUGCGAUUUGCUGACCAUCAGUCCGAAACUGUUGGGCGAGCUGGAAAAAAGUGACGAGAAAAUUAAGCGCUAUCUUGAUCCAGCUGUUGCUAAAGCUGCCAAGCUGGAGAAGAUUCACAUGGAUGAGGCAACGUUCCGCUGGAUGUUGAAUGAGGACCAGAUGUCUACCGAUAAGCUGUCCGAUGGUAUUCGCAAGUUUGCUGCUGAUGGACGUAAGCUGGAAGCUUUGCUGCGUGGACUAAUUCAACAGGCAGUCUAAUUUUACGUUGGUUUUCUCGUCUCAUCAUUUGGAAUCAAGCUUUUUGUUCUGUACCCUGAAUUACCGAUAAAAUGAAUUGUAAACUUCGACUGAAAAAUAUUCCGAGCAUUAUAGAAUAGGUCGUCAUCCAAACUGUUUUUGAAUUGUGCCUGUGCAAAAUGAUAUUUCGAAAUAUAUUUUUUUUCGUCAGAUGUUUUGAUAACCACUUU